CAAAAAAGUUCCAGCCUCGCGACAACCUUUGAGACUGACUUGACGACUCGCAUCACAGCUUUUUUCGGCAACCAUUUUUACCGAAAGUCCUGCACCCAGACAUCAAUUCUGGUUUACCGGGACUGGCAGCAGAGAUGAACGGAGAUAGCUACUCCUCCAGAGACAGUGGCCGUUACGGCUCAUCUCGCGAUCAUCAGUCCUCCAGACGUGAUCGCGACGAUAGACGCGACCGUGGUGACCCCCGCGACAGCAGAGGUAGCAGGAGACGGUCCAGAUCCCCACCAGAUUAUCGUAGCGGCGGUAGAUCUCGUCGCGACGAAGGUGCUGGCGGCGGAGAUGUCGACGCAUAUUCUUCCAGCCGAAGCCAUCGUGAUAGAGAGCGCGAGGACCGAUACACUGGAGGACGGGAUCGCCGAGGAGGGGACCGUGGCGGUGAUAGGGAAUGGGACCGGGACAGAGGUGGCAGAAGCAGGCGUGACGACGACGAUGGGAGACGCGAGCGCCGCGGGGAGCGCCCUGAUCGGGAUGUUAUCGACGAUCGCCGGGGUGGUGGAAGACGCGGUGGUGGCGAUAGGGACGCCGACAGAGAGAGGGAAAGGGAACGCCGUCGCAGUGCAUCGCCGCCCCCCAAGAAGCGCGAACCCACUCCCGACUUGACCGAUAUCGUGCCGAUCCUCGAACGCAGACGACGUCUUACACAAUGGGAUAUCAAACCACCCGGAUACGACAAUGUCACGGCCGAACAAGCCAAGCUUUCGGGCAUGUUCCCGCUUCCAGGAGCCCCCAGACAGCAGGCCAUGGAUCCAACGAAGUUGCAGGCCUUCAUGAGCCAGCCAGGUGGAGCGGUCAAUAGCGCUGCUCUCAAGCCCACGAACUCCCGCCAGGCCAAGCGCUUGAUUCUGUCCAAUAUCCCCGCCUCAGCAACCGACGACAGCAUCGUCAACUUCUUUAACCUGCAGCUCAACGGCUUGAACGUCAUUGAGCAGACGGACCCAUGCCUUCUCUGCAACAUCUCCCCAGACCGGUCGUUUGCUAUGCUUGAGUUCCGCAACAAUACAGAUGCGACGGUGGCGCUGGCUCUCGACGGCAUCACGAUGGAUGCUGAUGAUCACCAGGCGAACGGAAACGGUGCUGCGGCCACAGGGUUGAAGAUCCGUCGGCCGAAGGAUUACAUUGUCCCUGCGAUCGUGGAGGACCCCAACUAUGACCCCGACUCCAGUGUGCCAUCAACCAAUGUUGUUGAUGGCCCGAACAAGAUCAGUGUUACCAACAUCCCUCCUUAUCUCACCGAAGAUCAGGUUAUGGAGCUUCUCGUUAGCUUUGGCAAGCUCAAGUCGUUUGUGUUUGUGAAGGAUAAUGGCACACAAGAGCCAAGGGGCAUUGCGUUCUUGGAGUACGCCGAUUCCAGCGUCACGGAUGUUGCAAUCAGUGGUCUCAACAACAUGAUGCUUGGAGAGAAGGCGCUCAAGGUUCAGAAGGCCAGCAUUGGCAUCACCCAGGUUGCUGGUGAACUCAGUGUCAACGCCAUGUCUAUGCUUGCUGGUACUACUCCCUCGGACAAUGACGCCGGUAGAGUCCUCCAGCUCCUAAAUAUGGUCACUGCGGAUGAGCUCAUGGAUAACGAUGAUUACGAAGAAAUUCGUGAUGAUGUACAAGAGGAGUGCGAGAAGUUUGGCAAGAUCCUCUCCCUCAAGAUUCCUCGGCCGGUCGGUGGCAGCCGACAGUCAGCCGGCGUGGGCAAGAUCUUCAUCAAGUUCGAGAACCAUGAAGCUGCCAACAAGGCUCUUCGCGCUUUGGCCGGGCGGAAGUUCGCUGACAGGACUGUGGAGAACUUCGAUGUUAAUGCGUGGUAAGAAGGCAUGGAAGGGGAGGAUUGGUAUGGUUGUAGAUUGCCAACUGGCGGGAGGGUAAAGCGGUCACUCAAUGGUUCAGCAGUUCUCUAAUCACGGUAGAGAUGCAAUGUACAAUUAUCUAGCGAGGUCUGGGAAGGAGUGCAAUGCAUUUGAGUCGAUUAGAGUCGGCGAUACAGUACGGUAAUCAUCUUGUUGCAUUUGGACACACCGAUAAUACGAUGUUCUGUGCAGGGUUUGUGAUGA